GGGGGGCGGCGGGCGCUGCGAUUGGCCGGGCGGGUCACGUGGGGCGGGGGGCUGCGGCCGCCACAGUAAACAUGGAGUCGAUCUUCCACGAGCGGCAAGAAGGCUCAUUGUGUGCUCAACAUUGUCUGAAUAAUUUGCUGCAAGGGGAAUACUUUAGUCCUGUUGAAUUAUCCUCUAUUGCACAGCAACUGGAUGAGGAAGAAAGGAUGAGAAUGGCAGAGGGAGGAGUAUCUAGUGAGGAAUACAGAACAUUUUUACAGCAGCCUUCAGUAAAUAUGGAUGAUAGUGGAUUUUUCUCAAUUCAAGUUAUAAGCAAUGCCUUGAAAGUGUGGGGUUUAGAACUAAUCCUCUUCAACAGCCCAGAGUACCAGAGACUUGGGAUCGAUCCUAUAAAUGAAAAAUCAUUUAUUUGUAAUUAUAAGGAACACUGGUUUACAGUUCGAAAGUUAGGAAAACAGUGGUUUAACUUGAACUCUCUCUUGAUGGGUCCAGAACUAAUAUCAGAUACAUAUCUUGCACUUUUCUUGGCUCAAUUACAACAGGAAGGUUAUUCCAUAUUUGUAGUAAAAGGUGACCUGCCAGACUGUGAGGCUGAUCAGCUGCUGCAGAUGAUUCGGGUACAGCAGAUGCAGCGGCCAAAACUGAUUGGAGAAGAGGCAGCACAGUCAAGAGAUCACAGGCUACCCAGAAGUGAUGUGGACCAAGCAAUAGAAGUUACCCAUCCUUUUGAAGGAACAGGCAUGUUAGACGAAGAUGAAGAGAAUUUUCAGAGAGCCCUGGCUCUAAGCAGGCAGGAAAUUGAUAUGGAGGAUGAAGAAGCUGAUCUUCGCAGAGCCAUUCAGCUCAGCAUGCAAGGUAGUCGUCGAAGUGAGCUCCCAGGCUCAUUACCACAGAAUGUUCAGUCGUCUCACAGCAGUCACACAGACUCCCUUUCUUCAGAAGAACUGCGAAGGAGAAGACAAGCAUAUUUUGAAAAACAGCAACAACAGCUACAGCAGCAAGAUCAGACCCCAAGCCUACAGGACAAAGUAACUCUUAGCUCAAGCACUCCAGAUCCUGGCACAGGGGGUGAUAUGAGUGAAGAAGACAUGCUUCAAGCAGCCAUGAAUAUGUCUCUGGAGUCUGUUAGAAACCACUUGAAUUCAGAAGAGGAGAAAUAACAUCAUUUUUUCCCUCUUACUGUCAAAACGCUAAGUCUCCAUUAAAAUUCUACUGUGUGAAUGUUGCACAAGCAGGGUUCAUUUCAGAGUUCUGGAAGCAGGAAUGAAAGGGGGACUGCUGAAAGUCAGUUUAGAGAGGAUCUGCAAAUACAAAAAAGAUUGCACUAAUUUAGAGAAUUGUAGCACUCCUAGUACAAAACAUCUGCUCACUUACUGGAACUAUUCACCCAAAGUUAGACAAGGGUAGCAGAUGUAACUUAAAGUAAAACUUUUAAAGUUUGCAUUAAAAAAGCAAGUGUUAAUUGUUUUGAAGAAUUCUAUAGAAGAUACAAAUGGUGCUGAAAACAGCAUCAAAUUAUUUUCUUCAGUACUAAUGGAAAAACAGAUACAAGUAAUACGUUAUGCGCAUAAAUUCUUUUUAAUAGAUCACUCUAAAAUGGGGAGAGUAAUUAAAUUCCAUUCAUCUUAAAUAAUUUAUUUUGUGGUUGUUUAUUAUGGAUGACUUAAUGUCAGUUUUUUGAUCCUGCUGUCCACUUUUGAAAUUAUCCAUUUUGCAGGAGAAACAAAAAUCCAAAAAUUUCAUACUUUUCAAUUCAAGACAAAAUUUUCAGUGUUUGUUGACUAUAAUGUUACUCCUGAGUUUUUCAGUGAUUUCCGACUUUCUAACAAUUUUUGGUUUUACCUUCAAUUUCAAUUGUAAAAUUUUAGAUCUGUGUUUAACAUACUGUCUUUUAGCAGAUAACUUACCUUAUUUGGCUUGGGGUUUAAUUGUUCAUGUUUGGUUUUAAUUAUUGUUUUCUUAUGUUCUUUCUUGUUAAAGCCACUGUCUUUUUACUACAAAAGCAACAUAUACUUAAUUGGGUUGAACAGUUUUUCUUUUCUGCCUCUUCCAGAGUCAUUUCCUCUUCAAGCUCAACCCUUCAUUCUGGGCCUUUCAUUGUGAAAGAGCUGUAACUGAGUCUAGGAGAAAGUAGGAGGGGAUUUAGGUGCCAUAUAGCCAGUGCCACACACAUAAGGUGCAUUCCUGCAAUCUGAAAUGACCCCUGUGCAAGUAGCUCUUUUAAGAAUGAAUAUUUAUGCCUGUGUGGAUGUUUCUUUCUGAAAUGCUUUCUAUGAGUGUCUGUCAGAAUGUUGCAGUUUUUUCAGGAAUGGCCUUUAUUCACGCACCUUACAGUUUUUUUUAUUACUGAUCCUGAGAAAAAUUGGGAAACAAAGUAUGUGAGAGAGCUUAUGCUGUUGGUUGUAAGACAUUUGCGCUGAUAUCCAGGAUGAAUGUGUAACAGGGUGACCAAUCCUAACUUUGAACUUCAGUGCAACAAAAGAGAUGUUUCAUUUUCCUAAAUGGUGCUUGAAAUA